AUGGAGGAGGUCAUCGCAGGGCUGGAAGGGUUCACGUUUGCCUUUGAGCAGGAUGUGGAAUUGCAGAAGGGCACUGGGCUCCUGCCUUUCCAGGGCAUGGACAAGUCCAGCUCAGCUGUGUGCAACUUCUUCGCUAAAGGGCUCUGUAGGAAAGGGAUGCUGUGCCCGCUUCGGCACGAGACGGGCGAGAAGAUGGUGGUGUGCAAACACUGGCUCCGAGGACUUUGCCGAAAGGGUGAUGGCUGCAACUUCCUGCACCAGUACGACGUCAACAAGAUGCCGGUGUGCUACUUCCACUCAAAGUUCGGUUCCUGCAGCAACAAGGACUGCUCCUUCCUCCACGUGAAGCCAGCUCCCAAGACCCAGAGCUGCCCUUGGUAUGACCAAGGGUUCUGCAAGGAUGGUCCCUUGUGUAAAUACCGCCAUGUCCAUCAAGCAAUGUGUCCCGACUACUUCACCGGCUUCUGCCCCAAGGGACCUAAGUGCCAGUUUGGGCAUCCCAAGAUGAGUGCCGCACUCCACCCCAGGAUUGUGAAGGUAAGUCUUGUCAACCAGCCAAGGAAUCCAGCAACUCCAGCUUCUUCUGGCACCAUUCUAGCAGCCCCCUCCCAGGCAAAGCCCAGGGUGUACCAUCAGAAGAGGUGGACCCUGCCUCCUGCCUGCAGCUCAAGGGCCCAGCCUGCACCAUAGGUAA